AUGUCGGAGGCGGAGUUAUCCUUGAUCAACAAGGUUGAGCUUCGUAUUGCAUUAGCUGAAAAUGAUAAGCAGUUCGAGCAAGCACUUAACACAUAUUUGACACCAUUACUAUUGAAAUUGAGUAGUCCAUAUGCCGAUGUCAGAAAAGCAGUUUUCAAAAUUAUACAAGAUGUGAUCCCCCGAAUUUCUGCUGCCAGAACUAUCAAACUACCUAUUAAUGCCUUACUAGAUCAGGUAAGAGAACCAAAGACACCAAAAGAUGCUGAUCCAUCCAAUGUUAGACUAUACUCUUUGUUAUUCAUCUCUAGAGGGAUCGAUCGUUUGACCGAUGAAGAAAUGACUGCACUUGUACCAAAGGUCGUAGAAGGAAUUGCAAGUUAUCCUAAAAGUACAGCUGCCAGGCUAUUCUACAUCUUAAGUAAGCUCUUAGCAUCUUGGAAGUCACCAGACAAGCACUCCCCCGAGUAUGCAAAUAUGAAGACUAAACUUUGUUUAGAUAAAAACCCAGAUGAUGAGAAGUUUCUUACUUCUAAAAUACUGAAAUUUUUACUCCUCAGACCAAACACCACUCCAAACCCUAUUCAAUCACCCGGUUUGAGUGUAGAUGACAAUUCAUUCUUCACCAGAGAUGCUGGUGUUGCCUAUAAGUCGCAAGAUGAGAUUUUUGUUGUCAAAAAGCGUUUCCUAGAACUUUUGAAAAGUGGAUUUGAUGAUUCAAGCUUGUCUAUUCCAUUAAUGAUCGCUUCUGUUGAUGACUCUUCUGCAAUCAAUGACUCUUCAGAAAUCUUGUUCCGGAAACUCAAGGUCAAUGUUGAAGACCCUGAGUUUGUCUCUACUGCUAUUGCGUUGUUCACUGGAUCUUCAGACAAGCUCACACCUCCAGUUAAGCCAGUUUUGCAAGAAAGAAUAUUGUCACUUCUUAUUAAUAGUAAUGAGGUAACCAAACAUUCUGAAAUUUCCCAAAUUUGCAGCUUGGGUCUUUCAUCAGAUUACCAUAGAUUAAAGCAAACUACGGUUCAGUUUAUUAAACAGAUCAGUAAAACUGAUAAAAAUCAUUCGGCCUUAAAGCUUGUCAACGACUUCAACGUUCGAAUGGCGAAAGAGCUCAAGGAGAACAUUAAUAACGAAGGUUGGCCGCGAAUGGACACUUCUGUUAUCAAAAAUUAUAAUUCAGCUAUUCACCAAAGAACUCUCCAAUAUGAAGCAUUGGGGAAUAUUCUUAGGCUGAAUCCUGAUCUCUUUGUUGAUGAUUUGUCUUACAUUGUGUUUUUAUUUGAGUCUUUAGAAGGUGAAUUUCCCGAGCUUCGUGCUACAAUUCAAGAAGCAUUAUCGGGUCUCACGGUGCAUUUGCCCAGCCUUUCCACUGAUUCGAAAAGUAAAUUGAAAGGAAUACUUAAAAGAUACUUGAGAAUUGAUAAAAAUGAUGAUCUGGGAAAUAUUCAUUCCUGCAGAUUUGUUGCUAUCAAAUAUGUGAACUGUACGUAUCCUUUUAAUGAUGCAGAAUCUAGACUUUUGUGUAUUUUGGGAACGUCAAAAGUGAAUCGUGCUGAUAUUAUCGAAGAAGCUGUUAAGGGUUUGCAUCCACAUUGGUUCAAAAUACUACAAGCAACAAACACCUUGGAAUUCAAAUCUACUCCAGAACUAUUAGGUUCGAACGCAGAAAUAGAUUUUCCUUCUUUUAGUUCAAUUGUUCAUGCUAUAGAUAAUGAAAUCCAGGAAAGUAAAUCUCUAGAGGGUGCUACAAUUUUCAAGAGUUCUGGUCAGGCAAUAAGAUUUAUCAUGCAGACAUUAGUAAUGCAAGCUGUAAAGAAGAAAUCAACUGUAAUAGUUGCGGACGAAGAAUGGCAAGUAAGGCUAGAAAAAGCUGUUGAAGUUGACAAGACUGUUCAAGAUUUGUUAGUUUUAAAGAUAGCUGAAGCAUCUGCGGAAGACAUGACAGACUCGAAUGAGACGAAUUCUUUCAAUUUGUAUUUGUCCAUUAUUUUUGAUUGUUUUGUCUCUCAAUAUACCGAUGCUGCGAAAGUCACUUCCGAUAUAGCUUUUGGUGAAAUAUUCUUGAAAAUGAUAGCAUUAUCACCUCAUGAGACUGUUGGGAAACUUUCGCAUAUCUUACCAAGGUUGCUAGAGCUUUUGGAUGGUAAAUUCUUGAAUGAUGUUUCAACGAGCCAAAUUUGUAAUGCCAUAGGAAUCAUCGGUAGUCACCCUCUGAAUAAUCAUGAGUCGGUGCAGAUGUUAUUAAGUAAGCUUGAUGCCACUAGCUCCCCAAGUUAUUUGUUAAAGGCUAAGUUGUUAGCAACAGCUUAUUUGAUGUCUCGUCUUGCUUACAGAAAUCGUUCAAAUUUAUUAACGGCAGAUCAAGCGCAUACUUAUAUCAACAUUUUAGUUUCACACUUUAACAACAACUCUCUCCAUAGCACAUUAUUGGAGUGUAUUUCACAGCUUUCGAUCUAUGGUGUUUUGGGUCCAUCUAUUGCCUUAUAUCCUGACAUUGACUCUGAUAUCGAGAAAUUAGUUGAUUUCGUUAAGCCUAAAGUCAAGAGAUGUGAAGAACAAAGCGUUGUUGUAUUCAGUGAGUUACGUUUGGCUAAAGUGACGAAUUCAUUGGAAGAGCCCGCAAAGUUAACUGGUUUCGAACAACAGAUAUAUGAUACUCACACUUCAAAACAAAUUGAGUACAUCUUCACAAGUGGAGAAGCUCUCUCUAUAUGUGCUGGUGGCUGGGAGUCUAAGGCCUUACAGAGGCUAAUCGAUAUUCAAGGUGAGGACUCUUCGUAUUUGAAUCAUGAUCUGUGCAGAGUAGCCCCAGUGUUGGAGUCUAUUUUAGCUGCUUGUAACAAUACGAAGCCCCUGUUACGAAGAGCCGGCUGUAUCUGGUUAUUAUCAUUUGUGCAGUACUUGGGACAUUUGCAAGUAAUUCAGAAUAAAGCAAGAGAAAUACAUAUUGCUUUCAUGAAAUUUUUAGCCGAUAGAGACGAGUUAAUUCAGGAAUCUGCCUCUCGUGGAUUAAGUUUAGUUUAUGAAAUGGGAGAUAUUGACUUGAAAGAAACCUUAGUCAAAGGUUUGCUAAAAUCUUUUACUGAUAAUAAUGCUUCAUCUGCUUUAGCAGCUGGAUCUGUUGAGGAAGAUACCGAGCUUUUUGAUAAAGAUGUUUUGAAAACAAAUGAUGGAUCAGUGUCUACUUAUAAGGAUGUAUUGAAUUUAGCCUCCGAUGUAGGUGAUCCUAGUUUGGUUUAUAAAUUUAUGUCUCUAGCAAAGUCCUCGGCCCUUUGGUCAUCUAGAAAAGGUAUGGCAUUCGGAUUGGGCUCUAUUUUAUCCAAAUCAAGCCUUGAUGAGAUGCUUUCAAAUAACCAAAAUCUUAGUGACCGUUUAAUCCCAAAGCUCUAUAGGUAUAAAUUUGAUCCCAGUACGUCCGUGUCGAAAUCAAUGGAGGAUAUUUGGAACUCUCUUAUAAAGGAUAGUUCCAAAACCAUAAAUGAAAACUUUGAUUCUAUCUUAAGAGAACUACUCAAAAGUAUGGGCAACAAAGAAUGGAGAGUCAGACAAGCAAGUUCGACAGCUUUGAAUGACUUGAUACAAGUUGUUUCCUUGGAAAAAUACGAAGGUAAAUUGGAGGAUAUUUGGAAUAUGAGUUUUAGAGUUAUGGAUGAUAUCAAGGAGAGUGUUCGUAAAGAAGCAACAAAAUUGACUAGAUCCCUUUCAACAAUUUUGACCAGAACAGCUGAUGUCGAGAGUGGUGGUGUCAGUGUUAGUCAAGCUACUGAAGUGUUAUCCAACUUGAUUCCUUUCUUACUAGGAAACAAAGGAUUAUUAAGCGAUGCAGAAGAAAUCAGGAACUUUGCCUUAAAGACUAUUUUAAAACUUUGUAAAAUAGGAGGAGCAGCAAUUAAACCUUUUGUUUCAAAACUAUUAGAUAAUUUUAUUGGGUUAAUGUCAACAUUGGAGCCUGAAGUUGUGAACUACUUGGUGUUAAAUGCUGAAAAGUAUAACUUGGACAACAACGACAUUGACUCAAAAAGACUACAAAGCUUGGGCAAUUCUCCAAUAAUGGAUGCAAUUGAAAAGUUAUUAGAUAUCAUUGAUGAAUCAAUGAUGGAUGAAAUCGUGCAUAUUUUGCAGUCUUCAAUUAGAAAAUCUGUCGGUUUACCCUCAAAAGUUUGCGGUAGUCGAAUACUCGUAACUUUAACUACCAAACACUACGGGAUUUCUAAAGCGUAUGGUGAUUCUUUAUUUAAAGUUGCAACAAAUCAAAUCACUGAUAGAAAUGAUGCAAUUGCGUCAUCAUAUGCUACUGCAGCCGGUUAUAUUAGUCGAAUUGCUAGUAUUGAUGCGAUUGCAAAUUAUAGUUCAAAAAUCAGUAAUUUAUAUUUUGAUUCCGAAGAUGAAAGAAGUAGAAAAUUGGCAGCCAUUGCAAGCGAAGGUGUCAGCAAAUAUUGUUCUGCGGAUAAAUUUGAUAUGGUUGCUUCGGCUUUCCUACCAUUAGCAUAUAUCGGUCAACAUGAUACAGUGAAAGAAGUUUCCAAAAUCUUUGAAAGAGAGUGGAUAGAGAAUACCAGUGGUAAUAAUGGAGUCAAACUUUACUUGACUGAAAUUUGUCAAUAUGCUGAAACUUAUUUGGUAUCUAAUAAAUACCACAUAAGACAAAUACUUGCGAAAUCAAUUGCUGAUAUGUCCAAUGCAGUAGACGAAGUGAAGUCUGCUAAAAUUGCAACUCCUUUAUUUAAAAUUCUAAUUGAAGCCUGUAAGGGUAAAUCAUGGAUUGGGAAAGAACUUGUUUUAGAAGCUUUGGUAUCCUUUUCGAUAAAAUCUUCCCAGUUUUUAGUCGAAGAUUCGGAUGUCCAUGAACAAGUGAAUAAAAUUAUCUUGACCGAAGCGAAGAGACGUAAUAGAUCUUAUCAAAAACACUCUAUUAAGUUGAUGGGUAACUAUCUUAAUAAAUUUUAUGACGAAGAUUUGAUGGAGACAUAUAUUGGGUUAAUGGAUGAAACAAUAUUGACGGAUGAAUAUUAUGACGAGGAAGAUGAUGAUUUUGAUGAUGCAAUGGAAGAUAUUAGAGAUUCAAGAAAUAAGAAGCAAAAACUGAAUAAGUAUAACCUUAAGGUUGAAGAAGAAAGAUUAUCAUUCAUUAAAAAUCUCUUCACUACAAUUUCCUCAACAAACUUCAAUGGAGACUUACAAGCAUUAGCAUUAAAUUCCAUUAUCAAAUUGUUUCAAACUGAUAUAAUUGAAAAUACAUGGAGAUCAAAGAUUGAAGUAAAUGAAUGCCUCAAGAUUUUAAUUGAGACUAAUGGAAAGAAACAUUAUACUGAUAAAGAACUUGAUUUAUUGAUGAAUACAUGGCAAGAAAUUUAUAAGAACUGUCUUAAUUUGAAUAAUAUUGAAAGGGUUAGAAUAGAAACUGUCAGAAAUGCUAAGCGAUUAGUGACUUUGUAUGAAGAAGUCAAUGCAAUUCAGGAUGCAAAUAAAGUGAUCACUCAAAUGAAAAUUUUCAAGAAUGUUGAAUCAUCAGCGGUUGUUCAAAACGAAAUUGACAAAGUCUUAGAAUAA